AUGAUCAUGAGUGCCACCAGAAGCGCCCUCGAAACAUACGAGCUCCUAGAGCAGAUACUAUCGUUCCUGCCAGCUCUCGAACUCCUUACCGUCGCUCGCUGCGUCUCCAAAGAUUGGAAAAACAUAGUCGAUACAUCUCUCAUCUUGAAAUGGGGUACAUGGCGAUACCCUGGCUCAGAGAAUCCAUUCUCCAAGAAACCCAACCGAAGCAAAGAUGAACUAUUUCAACUCUACCCCAAUUUCGAACUUGGUCAGAUAGACACUUUAGACCUAUUUCUUAUGCAAGAGCAUCUAGACCGAAACUACCAAAUAAACCCCGUCGCACCAUUGAUACUCCGGAAGUUAUGGAAGACGCUUUUUGCGGUCGUGGAGGCGAAUCUGGACACGAAUGGCGUGUUGGAGGAGGAAGUCAUAAACUCCGUCGCAGAAAAGUUUAUUCGGUCUUUCGAACCUUUAGGACUGUAUCUUACUCGACCAACGUUGGAAUCAACUUCCAUAUACGUCUAUUUCAGUGCAACUUUCCGGAUGAGUGAUCCGCUAUGUCAUGAUUCCCCGUCUAUACCGUCGCACUUAAAAAACGAAGCAAUAGUAAAGAUUAUCGAAACAGACUGCAGGUUGUCGGAUAUCAUUCGAAUCUUAUACAACGAAGCAAUAUCUUCUCAGGGUUGGAAUUUAGUAAAAAGAACCGAGGAGAGGCUGAAAAUGUUAAAAGAAGGAUCAUUGGUCGAGGAUGUACCCAAGCAUGAUCCGGUGGGUUCUAGGUUGCUGAUCAAUAUUCGGGAUCCACGGGGAAUGGAACUCGGUGACAAGUAUCACUGGGACUUUGCGUAUUGGAUGAUUGAGGGAAUUUUCGAACCAAGAAAGCCGUGGAUUGUCGAUAUUUUGGAGCGAGGGACGUCUAUACGUCGUGUUAGAGAGGGGAGUCUUCAAAACGACCUAAACUGGUUUAGAGAGUAA